AUGUUGGGGUUAGGUCUGUUGACCAAAUUGGUAUUAAUAAUAUUUAGUAAUUACGUUUCAAGCGAUGAAACUAUUGAAGUGAUUUUGGAACAGGGUGUGUUGUCUGGGACAGUGAAUAAAACGUUUUGGAAUGAACAAGACUAUUAUAGUUUUCAAGGCAUACCGUACGCUGAACCUCCAGUUGGUGAUUUAAGAUUUCAGCCUCCGAAACCGCUGACAAAAUGGGAUGGGACAUACGAAGCCUACAAGGUCAAACCGACAUGCCCACAAUUUAGCUCUAGAAAUCGCAACAAUGAACCAUUUGGAUACUCAGGCUCAGAAGACUGUCUUUACGUCAGUGUCUUUACACCAGACUUGGAAGGCAACAAGCCUGUAAUCGUAUUUGAUUACAAUGAUGACUUCAGAACUGGUUUCAAUGGAACAGACACUCAUGCUCCAGACUUUUUCAUGGAGGAACAUGUUAUAAUAGUCACCAUUGGGCAUAGAAAAGGAGUUUUAGGUUACCUGACAACUAAAGAUGACGUUAUACCUGCUAAUAACGGCCUGAGAGACUACAUUCUCGGUCUAAAAUGGAUACAAAGUAAUAUUGAAAAGUUCGGUGGCGAUUCUAAGCGCGUUACUCUAAUGGGCAACAGAGGAGGGGCGGUAAUUGCUGAGAUACUUCUGUAUUCUAAAGCAGCCAAAGGACUUUUCAGCGCUGUAAUGUUACAUAGUGGAACAGCAAUGGAAUCAUUAUUCUUUUAUGACAAACCGAGAUUAAAAGCUUUCCAAGUCGGAAAACACUUAAACAUCACAGCGGAAGAUAGUAAGGAGUUGCUUGAGGGGCUUCAGAAAGCUGAUCCAGAACAGUUGCUGGUUUCAGAAUUAAUGAUACACGAUGGUGCAGGACUAGCAAUUAAACAAAUAGCUGAUCAUCCAUUUAUGCCAAUGAUUGAAGACGACCAUGAAACUGCUAUAAUAACUGCCUUGCCUGAGAAAGGAAAAAUCGUCAAUGAUGUACCGGUAAUAAUAGGUAUGACUUCCAGAGAAGGCAUAGAUUUAAUCGCUGAUUUUCUAUUUGACCCAAGGGUCUUCCUGUACUACAAGAAAAAUAAUAUGCUCGGUAUGCAUUUUCCGAUCAGAGUUGAUUAUAGAUUCAAUUCAAAGAGCUACUUAUUUAAAAAGAACGUCACACAGGAAUUGCUUGAUUUUUAUUACGCAGGUGAAGAGAUGAAUUUUGACAAUUUGCCACAAUAUGCUGAAUUUGUGGGAGAUAUGACUCACAUGUACCCAUUGAACUAUGCAGCAAAAAAAUUGUCUAAAGAAAUGGAGUCACCUGUAUAUUACUUCAUGUUUGACUUUAAGGGUGGAUUGAGUGAAAACAAUAUAUUCAUAUCGAAAUAUUCCCAAAUUCCUUUCGGAGGAGGGGCUACAGUGACUGAUGAGCUAUGUUAUUUGUUCCUAUGCUCAAGAAUUAAGAAACAUUAUCUAGUGCUGAAGAAGUUAGAGUCCGAACAACCUGAAUAUAAGGUUUUAAAGAAAAUGCUUCGGAUGUGGACCAACUUUGCAAAGACAAGGAACCCAACGCCAGAGAAUGAAGAGCUAUUAAAAAACUUAAUUUGGCAACCUAUAGAUAAAGAUAGUAAGGAAAUUGAUUACUUGCACAUAAAAAAGAACCCGGAAAUGAAGAAGAACCCUCUUGGAAUUAGAGAACAGUUUUGGGAUGAGUUUUUGCAGAAAUAUGCAGAUUUAGCAGUCAACGGCGUCGUUGCUGAAGGCGAGGAUUAUGUUGAAGAAGUGGAAGAGAAACCUGAACAGGAUGGAAUGGCUGAUGUGGGGCGUGACGACGUUAUGACACCCACUGAGAAAGAAGCUGAACAACAGGUUUUGAAAUCUUUAGAAGAAAAGGAAAAGCAAAAACAAAAAGAGAAGGAAAAUGAAAACAAAGCGGAGGAAGAAACUGAAGGUGGAGAAGUUCAUGUUGAACUUUAG